UGAAAGACGAGAAACUGUUGAUUCCGAAAUGUUUUGUUCGUCAUGCAAACGAGUGGACUUGGAGCUUCAUGAAAUAAAACGAAGGAUUUGCGACAAUGGGCAUAUAUUUUGUAAAACUUGUGAUGUUGGAGCUGAAAAUUGCAUUAUUUGUGAUCAAAAAGUUAAGAAUUUUAUUCAUGUUGAGAUCAACAACGACAUCCCAAGAAUCUGCUAUUCCGAAAUUCCAGAACCUUCACAAGACAAAAUUGAAGAAAUUUCUGUAAAAGCAACAGAAAAUGAAGAUUCAGACUCUGACAGUAGCUUCCUUGAAAUCAUGAAAGGACUCGAUGAGUACGAAAAUUGCUGCAACAAGGCUGAAUGUGAGAAGAAACCAAUCGUCGGAUGUAUUCAAGUUAUUGGACAUAAACAUGUUGAUUCAACACUUUCAGUCAUUCUGGAUGAAGAAGAUGAGAAGGAGAUGAUAAAGAAUUUUUCUGGAAUAGCUGAAGUCCAGAAAGAAAAGCCAAUUGUUAAGGUUCAUGAAUCAAAUGUAAAGUUUUGCAAUUCCACAUCAUCAUCGAAAAAGACACAAAUUUUAAGUAACAAGCCAGAGUCAAGCAUGAAAAGUCCGAUUCAUAGUUCACGCAGCACUUGCUUUGGUGACCGUGGUGAGUCACUGAUUGUCAACAAAUCAUCGACUCGUGAAGUCUUCAGUGAGUCGCGUCACUCAUGUCAAACUUUCUCAAGCCGAAGUGAAUGUUUUGUAGAUGAAGUUCAAUCAGUUGUUGAAAAUUCACAGCCAGCCUCCGCAUAUCAGCUCUAUAAAAAUGAAGCAGCCAUAAAUGAAUCGGAAACGGCAAAUUUCACAUCAUUGAGUGCCUCGCGUAUUGAAGCUUCUCCACCGGAAGAGAAAAAAGAUUCGAAAACUCCAUUCAAUGCCUGCCGUGUCAAGUUCACACCCGUCUAUCGAUGCGAAUAUAAUUUUCCAGCUCAAAUGGAACCGGUUGAGUUUUAUGAGCCCGAAGAUGGUGAUGAUACUGCCGAGUCAUUGGAAAAUGUCGCACUUAAUUUACCUCGAUUGCCAAUCACUUGUCCAUGCUCAUUCUGUGAAAUGAUCACGACACCGACUGAUUUCUUUUCGCAUAUCACUAUUGAUCAUCCUUAUAUUGAGACUGUGAAAUUGGCGCCAAAUAAGGUUGUGAAUUGUGUAUUUAGUCCGUCUGGAAAUGUCAAUUUUGUGAGAUGUCAUCAAAUGUUCUUGUUGAGUGGUAAGAUGAUCAACAUCGGGUACGGACCAUUCAAAAACUGCCUUCCAAUCCUCCUUCUCACAUGUAAAUUCAACUUACGAGAAAUUUUCGGUUCCUCAUCAAUGUCCAAUCAAGCCAGUCAAAAAUCCGAAGAAGUUCUCUGCGUCUGGUUGACAAGUGUCUAUCAACAUCCAGUCAACUACUCCCUUAAUGUUUGGAAGCAUGGACGAGACAUAAAUGAUCGAAACUUUAUCAAAUGCAUCUCAACAAGCUCAUCGUGCCUUAAUAUAAAGGAAACGAAUAUACAAAUUGUCACAAAUGUUUUGUCCUUAACAAAUGAUGAGUAUGAGACAGUUAAGGAUGAAGAGGACAUGAUUCAUUGCCAAAUUGUUUUCAAUUAAAAUAACUUCUUUUUUUAUUGCCAUUGCCAAUUGCUUGCUUAUGUAUAAAAAUUACUUAUGAUAUAAUAAAUAUUAAUGUUGAUGACAUCAAUGAACCAAGCAUAUAAAUCAGCUAGUUUACCGAAAGUAUUCGUCAAGAUCUAAAUCAUAGUCAUCAUCUUGUUUCUUCGAUGCAUGCUUCUUGGUGAUCUCGAAACUCGCUUCCUUCCUCUUAUCUAAAAAAUCCUCAAACCAGUCAGAAUCUGUGUCAAUUUGAACUUUAUUCUUAUUCUUCUUGCGCUUAUUCUUAGUGCUGGUCUUUUUAUUAUGAUUGUUAGAUGUCAUGGAUGGAUAUGGAUUAUAAUAUGUGUAAGGACUUGCAAAGUUAUUAGUAUUAGGAUUGUAUGUAUUAGGUCUAUUGUUAUUAUUAUUAUUAUUAUGUGGCCAUGCACUACUGUAUGGUUUAUAUUGUGGACGAUAAUAAUCAUUAAAUGAUGAGCUUGUGGGUUGAUAAUUAUGAACUACUUGCGGACUACCCUGAGUCAUUGUGUUAGGAUUAAGAAAAUGAUCAUUACUAAAGACAGAUGAAUCAACAUUACUUUGUGGUGGCAUAAAAACACCUUGCUGUGUGCCAGCCGGUGGAAUAUAAUCA